AUGAAGCACGAGCCAUCUCUGAGCGACAAGGACCGGGAGUAUCUCCGCGACAACCUGUUCCUGUUCGCGCUGCUGUGGAGUUUGGGGGCGGCGCUGGACGAGUCGAGUCGGCCGCAGUUCGAUCUGUUUGUGCGUCGCUGGCUAUCGGGCGCCCCAGAUCUUCUCUCUGAGUUCCAUUUGCUCUCUUGCGCGGACUGCGUGUACCGGCCGCGGGCGUGGAAGCACGGGAUUCCGGAGGGGAGCUCGGUGUUUGACUUUUUCUUCGAUGCGAAGACGCUGCACUGGUCGCCGUUCGCGCUCUUGGUGCCGUCGGCGGUGCCAGCCGAGCGGCCGCAGGGGCACGCGCUGGUGGUGCCGACUCCGGAGACGGCGCGCACGAAGCUCUUUCUGGAAGUCUACGCGCGCAGCGGCGUGAACGCGCUGCUGGUGGGCGGCACGGGGACGGGGAAGACGGUGAGCAUCGCGGCGCAGCUGAGGGACGCGGCUUUCUCCCAGGGCCCUGGGGCCUUCACGUCGCUCGCGCUCUGCUUCUCGGCGAAGACCGCGGCGAACGAAGUGCAGGACGCCAUCGACGCCCGCCUGGAUCGGCGCCGCGCUGGGCACUUUGCGCCGUCGCUGGGGCGUCGCUGCGUCGUCUUCCUCGACGACUUAAACAUGCCGGCGAAGGUCUGCGGCGCGCAGCCGGUGAUUGAGCUCCUGCGCCAGUGGCACACGUCGGGCGGCUGGUUCGACCGAAAGACCUGGGCGUUUCGCCGCAUCGAGAAGAUCCAGUUCCUCGCCGCCAUGGGCGUCCCCGGUGGCAGUCGGCAGCAGCUCACGCCGAGGUACCUGCGGCACUUCAACUUGCUGUACCUGCCGCCGUUUCCGCGCGCCUCGCUGGUCGCGAUCUUCGACGCUGUGCUCGCCUCCAAGUACCGCAGUUUCCCGCAGGACAUCCAGACGCACGCGAAGAAGUUGGUCGAGGCCGCCGUGGACGUCUACCGCGACAUCUGCGAGGCGCUGCCGCCCACGCCCGCGCAGAGUCACUACACGUUCAACCUGCGCGACUUGGCGCGCGCAGUCGACGGCCUCGGCGUCUGCUCGCCCGCGUCUCUUCAAAACUGCGACGACUUGUUCCUCUGCUGGUUCCACGAGCUCCAGCGCGUCUUCUCUGACCGCCUCGUGUGCCAGGCAGACAAAGCCAAAGUCUUCCACAUCCUCACUCGGACCCUCGAGGCCACCUGCCGCCGGAGGUACGAGACCCUCCUGCCCUCUCAGCCUGCAGCUGGCGGCGCCGACGCCGGCUGGUGCUCCGCGGCGCCGCAUGCACCUCCGCCGCUGCUGUUCUGCGCGUUCGCCGAUCCUCAGCGCCCAGUAUACCGGCGCGUGAGUCUGGAGGAAGUCCGCGCAGUGGCUGAGCGCGCGGCCGCCGAGCACAACCUGCUGAACCCGAAGGCGCCGCUGAGCCUCGUCCUCUUCACGCAGGCGCUGAAGCACUUCACCCGCCUGCUGCGCAUCUUGACGCAUCCCCGCGGCAACGCCCUCCUCGUGGGGUUUGGCGGAUCGGGGAGAAAAACGCUCACGCGCCUCGCCUCCUUCCUCGCGGGGUUCGAGGCCGCAUCAGUCCAAGUGACCCGCGCAUACGGUCUUGCCGACUGGCGCGAAGACCUGAAAAACAUCCUCGUGAAAACCGGUGCCCAGGCGAAACACCUCACCUUCAUGCUCUCUGACGUGCAACUCGCCAACGAUGCUUUCCUCGAAGACGUCGCAAACUUGCUCAACACCGGAGAAGUUCCAAACAUCUUCUCCACGGAGGACAAAAUUGGCAUUUUCGAUCUGCUGAGUCACGGUUCUUCUUCUGCGUGCGCCUCGCCGGGAUUGACGUCGGGCGGGCGACCGGCUUCGGGGGAUCUGUUUGAAGUAUUUGUGGCAAACUGCCGCGAGAAGCUGCACAUUGUGCUUUCGUUUCCGCCGAUUGGAGAAACGCUUCGCCAUAAAAUUCGCCUCUUUCCAGCCCUGGUCAACUGCUGCGCAAUCAACUGGUUUUCGCCCUGGCGGGAGCCUGCGCUCGAGGCCGUCGCUCGUGAGGAGCUGCGCGGCCUCCGUCUCGGCAGCCUGCUCGCUCCCACGCAAGAAGAAGGCGAGCCGAGCGAUGCAAGCGCAGACACCCACGACGCGCGGAGACGAGGGGGAGACGCCGCGCCAGAGAAAAAGCCGUCCCCCCCAGGCAGCACCGAGGCCAAGCGGCCGAACCUCAGAAUUGAAGCUCGCGCUUCGCAUCCUCGAAGCUCGCAGCUGGGAGAAAGCGAGGAAACAUCCAAGGGCGACGAAGAGACAGCCUGUGGACAGAAGGAUGCGGCUCAGGGAGGCGAAGAGGCGUUGAGGCGCCUGGGCGGCGGGCUGGUGGAUCCCGCCGACAGCGCCUCUCAGUUGUGUUCUGUUUUUUCCUCGAUGCAGCUGGACGUCGCGGAGCUGGUCGAGGCGUACCAGCGCGACUUGAAGCGGUUUUUCUACAUCACGCCGCGUUCUUACUUGGAGUUCCUCAGACUCUUUGCGCACUUGAGUGUGGCUAAGCGAGACGAGCUGAAUCGCGCGUCCCAGCAGUACCGCGUCGGCCUGGAGAAGAUCCACGCAGCGUCUGAGCAAGUCGAAAGAAUCCGCACCGAACUCGAGGCGCUGCAGCCGCAGCUGGUCACUGCGUCUCAAGAGACCUCCGACCUCAUGGCGAGCAUCUCCAAAAUGCAAGAAAGCGCCGCACUGACGAGAGCGACAGUUGAAGUCGAGGAGGCGCAGUGCAAGGCGCAGGCGGACGCCGCGGCAGCGGUGAAGGAGCAGUGCCAGGCGGAGCUGGACAAGGCGAUGCCUGCGUUGGUGUCGGCGAUCGAGGCGUUGAAGAAGCUCUCCAAGUCCGACAUCACGGAGUUGAAUUCGAUGAAGAGUCCGCCGGCGGGCGUGGUGAAGGUGAUGGAGGCGUUGUGCAAGAUGUUUCGAAUCAAGCCGGCGAAGGCGAGCGCGGGCGCCUCGCGUAAGGACUUUUGGAGCGCCUCGAAGAAGUACCUUCUUAGCGACACCAAGUUCCUCCAGCGCCUCUUUGCAUACGAUCGAGACCACAUCCCCGCGGCGGUCAUGGCGGAGCUGCUGCCCUACCAAAUCGACCCAGACUUCGACCCCGAAGUGAUCAAGAAGGCCUCCGUCGCGGCCACCAGUCUCUGCCGCUGGGUGAGGGCGAUCGUUGUCUACGACCAAGUCGCCAAAGUCGUGGAGCCGAAGCAACGCAACCUUGAGCACGCCCAAGCCGAGCUCGCCGUCGCCGCCGCGAAACUCGAGGAGAAGAAAACUGAACUCAGCGAGGUUCAGGCCCUCGUGGAGAACCUGCUCGCGCAGCACAGCGCCGCCGAAAGAAAAAAAGAGGAACUCAAGGCGCAGUUCGAUGACUGCGCCCACAGACUCCAAGUCGCCGAGCGCCUCAUCCUAGACCUCGCCGGAGAGAAAAAACGCUGGCGAGCCUCCUACCGGGAACUAAAGGCCCGGCUGGAGACGCUUCUCGGCGAGCUCCUGCUGACAUCGGGAGUGCUGGCGUACGGAGGCGUCUUCCCUGCCCCCUACCGGCAGCGCUGCGUGUCCACGUGGACCGCGACGCUGAAGCGCCGCGGCGUCGCCGUCGCCUCGGAGUUCGACUUGCGAAAGGCCGCAGGCGACGCGCUGCAGAUUCAGACGUGGGUGAUGAAUCUGCUGCCGAACGACGCAGUCUCGAUUGAAAACGCCAUCAUCCUCUCGCUCUCGACGCGCUGGCCAAUGCUCAUCGACCCCCAGAGCCAGGCCACGCGCUGGCUGAAGAAAAGUCACCCCGCGGAGAUGAAGGUCCUCCGGGCGACCGACGACACGCACUUUCGUGCGCUGAAGGCGGCGAUUGAAAUGGGGACGAUGGUGCUGAUUGAGCACUGCAGCGACGAGCUGGACUCGUCUUUGGAGCCGCUGUUUGCGCGCGCUGUGUUCAAAGCGGGCGGCGCCGAGAUGAUUCGUCUGCGAGACACGGCGAUCGACUACAGCAGGAGCUUCCGGCUCUUCCUCUCCACGCUGCUGUCCAAUCCGCACUUCCCGCCUGAGCACUGCGCGCAGCUGACGCUGCUCGACUUCUCCGUGACGCCCGAAGGCCUCCAGGACCAGCUCCUCGGCGUACUCGUCGCCCACGAAGAGCCGGAGAUUGAAACCCAGCGCCAAGCAGUCAUUGCAGAAAGCGCCGCAAGCAAGCAACAACUGCAGGCGCUCGAGGGAAAAAUCCUUCAGCUCCUCUCCAAUGCAAAGGGCGACAUGCUGGACGACGGCGAGCUGCUGGCGGCGCUGAGCAGCUCGAAGGCCGCUGCGCAGCGCAUCGAAGACCGGGUCGAGGCGCACCGCAGGACUGAGGAGCUGGUCAACGCCUCGCGGGCGAGGUACCGCCCCGUCGCCUUGCGCACCGCGCGGCUCUUCUUCGUCCUCGCAGACCUCGCCACAGUCGAUCGCAUGUACCAGUUCAGCGUCGAGUGGUUCACCGCCAUCUUCGCAGAGGCUUUCGAGACCACGCCGACGCCGGAGGGCGAUACCGAGGAUCUCGAAGGUCGCUUGGAGGAGAUCGAGGCGCAGUUCCUCACUCUGCUGUACGAGAGCGUGUGCCGUUCGCUGUUCGAGAAGGACAAGCUGCUGUUUUCGCUUAUGCUGGCGUUUGCGUUGAUGCGCGCGGAUGACGAGCUGAACGGCGACCAGCUGAAGCUACUUCUUCGCGGCGGCAUCACGGGUCGCGCGAUUUCGCAGCCAAAACCAGAAGCCGCGGAAGCCUGGCUUUCGGACUUGGCCUGGAUGCGGCUGGUGGAGUUGCAGGCGAGUGCAGGCGAAGGCGACUUUUUCUGGAAUUUUCUAGAAUUUUUCCAAGACACGAUCGACGAGUGGCGCGACCUAUGCGACAGCGAGGACCCGCUCGACGCUUCUUGGCCUGCGGACGCAGACCAAGAAGCAAGCGAACUCGAAAAGUGCUUGCUCAUUCAGGCGCUGCGCCCCGAGUGCCUCGUUCGCGCGCUGCGAAAGCUCGUGGAGGAAAAGCUCGGCGCCUUCUUCCUCGAGCCCCCGACGUUCGAUCUGAACGUCUCCUACAAACUCGCGACUCCAGCCCGACCUCUCGUCUUCGCCCUCUCCUCCGGCGCGGACCCCAUGGAGCUCAUCAUGAAACUCGCGCGAGCCCAUAAAAUGGAGCGACGCCUCGUCGCCCUCAGUUUAGGGCAAGGCCAGGGCCCAAAGGCCGUCGCCGCAAUUGAGACCGCGAUUCGCGCGGGGUCGUGGGUGCUACUUCAGAACUGCCACCUCGGCUCCAGUUUCCUCGCGCAGCUCGAGCGCAUCGUCGAGGAUCUUCCGCUUAGACAAAUCCAUCCGGACUUCCGGCUCUGUCUCACCUCCAUGCCAUCACCCCAGUUUCCAGUGUCCAUACUCCUGAACAGUGUCAAGGUUACGAACGAACCGCCGCGGGGUCUGCGGCAGAAUAUGCUGCGCGCCUACGUGGGCUUCGAUGACGAAUUCCUCGAAAACCACUCCAAGCCGUCUGUGUGGAAGAACAUGCUUUUUGCGCUCUGCUACUUCCACGCGAUGCUGCUUGAGAGAAGGAAGUUUGGGCCGCUGGGUUGGAACGUCCCCUACGAGUUCUCGCAAAGCGACAUCGCGAUUUGCAUUCGCCAGCUCAACUACUUCGUCGGCACCUUUGAGCAAGUUCCCUGGAAGACGCUCAAGUACCUCGUUGCGGAAACCAAUUACGGAGGACGCAUCACAGAUCCUUGGGACCGACGCUUGAUCAACUACCUCAUCGACGACAUUUACUGCCCCAAGGUCCUCGAGCAAGGCUUUUGUCUAAGUGAAUCCGACGACAUUUUCGUUCCCCCUUGGACGUCGACUCUGAACGAAUAUCUAGGUUUCAUUCGCGAUUUUCCGGCCGAAGAAAGUCCUGAAGUCUACACGCUGCAUACGAACGCGAGCAUGUCUGUCGCUCUCUCGGAGGCGAGUUUCAUUUUAGACACUCUUCUCUCUCUGCAGCCGCGCACGUUCGCUGCCAACGCAGACAGCGGAAGUGCUUCCUUCACGACGACGGCGUCUGCUGUCGCGAAGGCGAUCCUUGAGCAGCUCCCGGGCCUCUUCGACGUCGCCGCCGUCGAACUCAAGUACCCAAUCGCCUACGCGGAAAUCCUCAACACCGUCCUCAUUCAGGAGCUCAGCCGCUACAAUCGCCUCCUCGUGGAGAUACAGAGCCGCUUGAAGGCCGUGCAGGACGCAGAGAAAGGCUUGGUAUUGCUGACGGCGGAGCUCGAGGAGCUGAGUGCGAAUCUGGUGAACAACCGCGUGCCGCUCGCGUUUUCACGCUUUGCCUAUCCGUCGCUGAAGCCCCUCAGCGCGUGGACGAAAGACCUCGGGCUGCGGCUGGAUUCCUUUCAGCGGUGGAUUGACCGCGGGCCUCCGGCGGCCUUCUGGCUUUCCGGCUUCUUCUUCACUCAGGCCUUCUUGACCGCGAUCCUGCAGAGCUUCUCGCGGCGCGCGCAGAUCCCCAUCGACGCGAUCUCCUUCGACUUUGAAGUCCUCGCCUCCGCCGGCGCCCAGCAGAGCCUUGCUGAGCUCAGCGGCGACAAACCCGCGGCGGGGUGCUACGUCUACGGCCUGUACCUGGAGGGCGCGCGCUGGGACGAAGAGGAACGGGUCGUUGCAGAAGCGCUUCCCAAGCACCUCUUCUACGAAAUGCCCAUGAUCUGGUUCGAGCCCUGCGAAAUCUCCAGGCCGAGGAAAGCCGCCCACGUGUACGAGUGCCCCGUAUAUAAGACGGCAGCGCGCGCAGGCACGCUCUCGACGACGGGGCAUUCGAAAAACUUUUUACAGGCCGUUCGCCUUCCAAUCGAUCCUGAGCAGAGCUCUGAGGCGUACUGGGCUAAGCGAGGUGUCGCCCUCUUGCUUCAGUUGAGCGAAUAG